AUGCCACCGCCGGACGGCGACCGGUCCUCCAACUACCUUUUGCUCUGGCCCAAGCACCGACGGGUGCACAUCGCCGAUGUCAACGAUGCACUGUAUGCGCUCGAGGCCGCCGUGAAGAAACCAAACGCCACCGACCUCUGGGGCUGCGACUCGGUCGACGCCAUGGCCGAGAUGUAUUUGCAAGAGUAUCUCGUUCGUGGUUGCUCGCUGCGCUCGGUCCAGCGCUUGGCGUCGGUGGUCGUGCGCCUCGGUAGCGUCGCCUUGGCUCAAAAAAUGCUGUCGGAAUGUCCAAAGUCGGGGUCGACCGUCGCCGACGUGGCGCCGUGGGUGCAGCAGCUGCUCGAGCGCUUCGACGCGCUGGAAACGUUUCUGGGCCAAGUGAUGCAGCACACGUCGCUUCCGCUCAUUGCGAGCCUCACCGGCGUCGCUGCGACGCCCAUGUGCCCACCACUGUCGACGCCAUGCACGCGCGAGUGCGUCCGGUGGCUCCUGCCACGGCUGCACGCGCUCGUCGUGCCGGCUUGCGACGACGAUGACCGCGAGGUAGGGAUCCUCAACGAACGCCUCGCGUGGCUUCUGCUCAUCGACACGUAUGUCGACGCGGCGGACGCCGGCCAAUGGUUCUCGCCGCAGCUUCCACGUCGGGCCAUCCAGACCAUCAACGCCUGCAUCGGUGCGUCCUCGGCCAUGCUGACAAUGCUCCAGAAACAACCCACGUUCGAGAUUGUCAUCCCGGCGUUUGAGCGGGCGCUUGAAUUGGUGGCCGAGCCCUAUCGACCGACGUUGCGCCGCCGCCUACGGUACUGGCGGCCACUCGUCGACGAUGGAGCCCUUCGCCCCCGCCCGAGUGCCAACCACAUGUGGGCGUGCGCGACGCUCGCCAUGUUGCGCUACGCGCAUCGCAUGGAGCCGACGCGAUCGGUGGCAGACGUGCUUUCGCUCUGCACGGCCCGGGCCUCGUCCAUCCACGACAUGUCGGCGACAACGUACUCGAACAUCUACCACCUCUUGAAAGCCACGUUCUGGAACGACUACGACGACGACGUGGACGGUGUCUUGACGCUGCUGCGGCAGCACGGCCUCGACCGGGCGAUCGAACACGGCAACGAUGCCGUGGACGACGGUCGGUACGCCGAGUGGGACCCGUACUACGACUCGAACGACGAUGACGAGGACGAAGACGGCGACGACGACGAGCAUGAAGACGUCGUGGCGUCCGUCGCGCGUCGCUUCUUCCGAAACCCGCCGCGUCGGAAGCGCAACGCGACCGCGCCGUCGUCCAGCGCCAAGAAAGCCCGCACGUGA